AUGAGGAACAAUACAGUAACCGCAUUGCCUAUAUAUUUUAAUAUAGCCGAAUAUUGUUUGUUUGGUAUAACAUUAUGUGUUGUUAUCGGUGUAAUUAUUUAUUUUAUGUUUGUUAACAGAAAAUAUAAUACAGUGUCUGGAUUCCUUUUUGGCGGGAAGAAUAUGUCAACUGUUUCAGUUUCGUUUGCGUUAAUUGCGAGCCAUUUAACGAGUAUAACGCUUCUCGGCGUACCAGUGGAAAUAUAUUUACGAGGCACACAGUACUGGGCGUCCACAUUAUCUCUUAUCGUAGUGACAUUCUUAACAGCUGUCAUUUAUUUACCAGUAUUUCACAAGUUGCAGUUAUCGUCGAGUUUUGAAUAUUUGGAAAUAAGAUUUUCCACUCACACUCGGACGAUAGCUGCCGUUUUAUAUGUUAUAAGUAAAUUAAUGUUGCUUCCAAUUGUGCCCUAUGUACCUCUUAUGGCUUUUAGACUAGUAACAAAUCCUUUAGCAAGCCGAAUUACAGCAGUCACGUGCGUUGCAUGUUCAACUUUUAUAGCCAUGGAAGGCCUUAGAGCGGUUGUCAGUAUCGGAAUUGUUACAACAUUCCUUGCAUUGGCUGGAACCGCUUUGCCAAGCAGCUUGGCCUUGUUACCUAUGGGUUUUAAGAAGAUGUGGGAAAUCGCAGAUCAUGGUGAAAGACUGGUGUUUUAUGACCCCGACCCUGAAAUAGCGCAUCAUACAUCAUUCUUCGUCGUCACAUUGGCACUCAGCACCAACUGGCUUUGGAAAAUCGCCCUAAGCCAGUCCUCGCUACAGAAGCUUCUAGCAGUUCCCACGAUAAGCAAAGCUAGAAUUUGCUUAGCUGUAUCAUGCUUGGGCGUUAUAUUGAUGAAACUAUUAUCUUGUUUUCUCGGUUUAACGCUGUACGCUUGGUUUGCGGGAUGCGAUCCGUUACUGACUGGACAAAUAAAGAAACAUGAACAACUAGUACCGCAUUUUCUGAAUAACCUGGCUACAAUGUUUCCGGGAAUUUGUGGCAUAUUUAUCAUCUCAAUAUUUAGUGCAACAACAGGUUGCAUAUCGUCUAUAAUUAAUUCGGUGUCGGGAGUAAUAUUUGAAGAAUUUAUACGACCCUGGAUGCCUUCCAACACAGGGGAAUCAGCGUGCUGUCGAAUUAUGAAGUUCCUAUGUAUUCUGGUGGGCUGUUACUGCGCUGGAGUGGUAUGGUCUGCAAAGGAGCUGGAUAGGUUGCAGCACGUCGCAACAGGUGUCACUGGAGUCACAGCGGGCACUUUGCUUGGCCUCUAUACUUUGGGCAUAACGUCUUCUAGGGCUAAUUGUUCGGGUGCGCUAAGCGGUUGUCUUUUGAGCCUACUACUAUGCGGUUGGUUACUCAUUGGAGCUGAAAACGCGUUGGCUACGGGGGCAUUGACCUUUCAGCGGAAGCAACUCCUCACUUCCGGCUGCGGGAAAGCCAACUUUACGCACAUUUUGAUAAAUACAACGACUAUCAUGCAGACAAUUACCCCGCUUCCAUCGAAACCACUUCAGUCUCUCUUCAGAAUAUCCUUCACAUACUGCCCUUUCGCUGGAGCCAUCACCGUGCUCCUCAUCGGUAUACCCAUGAGCUACCUCACGGGCAAGUCGAAGACUGACUCCAUCAAUCCAGACGUCUUUUGCCCCCUCACUCAAAGCUUCCUCCACAAGAUGCCAAACAGGAGCCGUUCAGAGUCUUUGGAUUUAAGUACUCCAGAUAAUCAGGAGGUGUAUUUGGCACUCGAUGAGGCCCUGAAACAUUUAAAAGAAGUAAUAAAUAGGUAG